AACACCUUAUUUUUUCACUCCAUCGUCCCGCCUAUCCUGGUUUUUCUUUUCUUUUUACUUUUUUUAUUGAAUCACCAGCAUGCCAUUCCUCCGUGCACAAUUCCUCGGACAACGAUUUGCUCAACCCGCUAAGCGAUGGAACAGCACUGCUGCCGCUGGCUUGCAGGCAAGCCUUUUGCGCGUCACCAAGAAUGAAAGUCCCAAGGCAUUGGUUGCCAACAAAGACUUGGUCUUUGGUAGAACCUUCUCGGACCACAUGAUUACUGCCGAGUGGACCGAGGGUAAGGGAUGGGAUGCCCCCGCAAUUCGUCCUUAUGACAAGAUUUCCCUCGAUCCCAGUGCUGUUGUCUUCCACUAUGCCUCUGAGUGCUUCGAAGGUAUGAAGGCCUACAAGGAUAAGCAGGGCAAGAUCCGCUUGUUCCGCCCCGAAAUGAACAUGGCUAGAAUGAACCGUUCUACUGCUCGUAUUGCUCUUCCGCAAUUCGAAGGCGAGGAGUUGCUUAAAGUGAUCGGUGAAUACCUCAAGGUCGACGAUCGUUGGAUCCCCGAGGGCCGGGGUUAUUCGCUCUACUUGCGUCCUACCAUGAUUGGUACUCAAGAAUCGCUUGGUGUCGCUGCUUCGAACCGUGCAUUGUUGUUCGUUAUCGGUAGCCCUGUGGGUCCUUAUUAUCCCACUGGUUUCUCGGCUGUGAAACUCAAGGCCACUACUGAAUACGUCCGUGCAUGGCCUCGCGGUACCGGUGAUUCCAAGAUUGGUGGCAACUAUGCUCCUGGUUUGUUGCCUCAAUUGCUUGCUGCAAAGAAGGGUUACCAGCAAAACUUGUGGUUGUUUGGUGACGACCAUCAGCUUACUGAAGUUGGUGCCAUGAACUUGUUCGUGUUGUGGAAGAACGAACAGAACGAAUUGGAAUUGGCCACUCCACCGUUGGAUGGCUCGAUUCUUCCCGGUGUUACCCGUGACUCUAUUUUGUCGCUUGCCCGUGAGUGGAACGAAUUCAAAGUCACUGAGCGCAAGAUGACCAUGCCUGAACUCCGUGAUGCUGUCAAGGAUGGUCGUGUGGUCGAAAUGUUUGGUGCUGGUACCGCAUGCAUUGUCACUCCCGUCAAGGCCGUUGAAUACAUGGGCGAGGAUCUGAACAUUCCUCUUGAUCCCAACGACUCUACCUCGCAGGCUGGACCUAUCACUAAGCGUAUUAACGAAGCCAUCAUGGAUAUUCAAUACGGUGAAGUCGAACAUCCCUGGUCGGUUGUUGUCAACUAGAUUUCUUGCUCAUAACAUCUUUUUUAAAGUAUCAUAAUCAUUAUCAUCUUUUUUCAUGGUCCUGUAUCGUUUCUUCUACACAUCUCUCUUUAGAGUGUAUCUAUCAGUCACUACUUUGUCUUAUUUAUAUCACGGAAUGAUAGAAUUCAAUACAACUAACU